UACGCUUAAAAACGCGAUUUCAACAAGGGAAAUUUCUUGGCUAAUUUUGAUUAUAAAACGAACAGUGUUAGGCACACUUAACGUGAGUGCAGCUGUGUAUCUGCUCAUUUUAAUAACCCGGGAUAGCUGCCAGUUAAUUAAUGUCGCUUGUUUUCGCCGGUCUGCCCCGAGAGAUCAGUGUGUUUGUCGACAAGAGCAACUUCAUCCAUGUGACGUGUCUGCCGGAGGAAACGCGAGUGGAGGGGGAUGCCGACAUGAUCCGUUCAAACUCUGUUUUUACGCUUCUUCUCAUUUUGAUGUGUCGGUUAACAUGGUUUAAAAUGAAGUUUCAAGCUAACAGUUUCUGAGUGUCGGAGGUGGGUGUUUUUUUUUUUUCUUCUCCCCCCACGGCGCUUUGUUGGUGGUUGUAUUUGGCGAGCAGAGUACACAAACAAAAAUGGAGUCAAGUUUAAACAGGUUCGAGUAAAGAUGAAACUCAGAGUGACCCUUUCCGACUGAAGCUUUAAGCCUCUUUUGUUUUUUUGGUGAUGGGCUCGGUGACUUCUGCUCUAACAAGGACAAGAAACGCGUUGGUGAAAGUGGGUUCGGAGCCGGAGAACCAUGACCCGGAGAGGAGCCAGUCCGCCCCGGAGUCGGACCGGGCCAGGAAGAAGAGUACGCGGUUCAACGUCGCCAGCCAGACCUGCAGGCAGAGUUCCCGCCAGUCGCUGUCCGAGGUCCUGAGCAGACAAGACUCAGACAAAGGCCGAGAAAGUUCCAAGAAAAAGACCAACGAAGCGCAGCGAAGUGUGGCAAAUGAAGAUGCAGAAAGCUCCACCAGACCACAAGCCAGUUUUGCACGCUCGAAGUCCCAGAGUGCUUUAUGGAACGCCAUCACUGCAGGGAUGGGGAUCAAAGGGAAAGAGCAGAAGCCCCUCCUGAAUGACCCUCGAAGUCCUGAAGAGAUCCUGGCAGACGAUCUUCCUGCAGCAGAUGAACCAGAUGCCACAGAGAAAACAGCUAUCAGGCGCAAGUACAAGAAGACAUCCCAGAGAUUAAGAUGUCUGGUGAAGCAACUGGAGAGAGGAGAGGCUUCCCUCACUGACCUCAAGAAAAACUUGGAGUAUGCAGCCUCAGUACUGGAAUCCGUUUACAUCGAGGAGACAAGGCGUUUGGUGGACACAGAAGAUGAGCUCAGUGACAUCCAAUCAGAGUCGGUGCCAUCAGAGGUACGGGACUGGCUGGCCUCCACCUUCACCCGCCAGAUGGGCCUGAUGCUGCGACGCAAUGAAGAGAAACCUCGCUUCCGCAGCAUCGUUCACGCUGUCCAGGCUGGAAUAUUUGUUGAGAGGAUGUACCGACGUACCUCCAAUAUGGUGGGACUCAGCUAUCCCCCUUCUGUCAUAUCUGUGCUUAAGAAUGUUGACAAGUGGUCGUUUGAUGUGUUCGCGCUAAAUGAGGCCAGCGGGGAGCACGCACUUAAAUUCAUAUUCUAUGAGCUGCUCACAAGAUAUGACCUCAUUAGCCGUUUCAAGAUCCCGAUAUCUGCCGUGGUGUCUUUCGUUGAGGCCCUGGAAGUGGGAUACAGCAAACAUAAAAACCCCUACCACAACCUGAUGCAUGCUGCUGACGUCACACAGACAGUACACUACCUGCUCCUCAAGACUGGCAUGGUGCAUUGGUUGACUGAGCUUGAGAUCUUUGCCAUGAUCUUUGCGGCGGCGGUGCACGACUACGAGCACACGGGGACCACAAACAACUUCCACAUUCAGACAAGGUCAGACACAGCUAUCCUGUACAAUGACCGCUCAGUGUUGGAGAGUCACCAUGUCAGCGCAGCCUACCGCCUGCUGCAGGAAGACGAUGAGAUGAACAUCCUCUACAACCUCUCCAAGGAUGACUGGAGAGAGCUGCGGGCUCUGGUGGUGGAGAUGGUGCUGGCCACAGACAUGUCCUGCCACUUCCAGCAGGUGAAGGCCAUGAAGAAUUUCCUACAACAGCCGGAGGGACUUGACAAGCCCAAAGCCCUGUCCCUGCUGCUGCACACAGCAGACAUCAGCCACCCGGCCAAAAGUUGGGACCUCCACCACCGCUGGACCACCUCCCUACUGGAAGAGUUCUUCAGACAGGGGGAUAAAGAAGCAGAGCUCGGUCUGCCAUUCUCUCCACUUUGCGACAGGAAGUCCACAAUGGUAGCGCAGUCCCAGAUCGGGUUCAUAGACUUCAUUGUGGUUCCCACCUUCACUGUGCUGACGGACAUGAUGGAGCGCAUCGUCACGCCGCUCAUCGAUGAGGCCUCCCAUUCAGGUUUUGCCGGCUUUAGACGCUCAAGUCUGAACAGUAUUACCUCCGACGAGGCCAAGAGGCACAGCGUGAAGAGCUCUGACAGCAGCUCAUCUGGACAAAGCUCUCUGCUGACGGUGGACAUCAAAAACUUCAAGGCGUUGUGGAAUGAAGAGGUUUAUCAGAACAGAGAGAGGUGGAAAGCGCAGGCUUGUAAAGAGGCAGAGGAGAGAGCUAAAAAGGAUGAGGAGGAGGAAGAGGAGGAUCAAGCCCAGGAGGAAGAGGCUAUGGAGCCCCAGGAGCUCCACACAGAGUCAGAACAGCCUGAACCAAAGGAGGAGACGCUGGAGGGGGAAGCGCCCGAGUCCACAGAGGCCAGCAGACCAGCAGAUGGCAACGCAGGUGAAACAGAGCAGGAGGCGCCGCCUGGGAGCGCCAUACAUAACAGUCCUCCACUGCAGAACGGAGAGUUGUCUGAAGGAGCUGAGUCUCCAGAGAGCGAAGAAAACAAGAACAAAGGAGUGGAUGAGGUAGCGAUGGAAUAAGCCAGCUCUCCCUCAUCUUUGCUGCGCUGCUGUCGACCUGAACCUGCAUUUACCCAAAAUGGGAGAACUGACUAGAGGGAAGACCAUUAUAUGGACUGUGUCGCCCUCUACAGGACACCAAGAAACCGACACCUUCACUUCCCUUUUCUCAUGUCUCAACAAUCAACUGCUUUUACUUUUAUGUUUCUACUCCCACGCUCUUGUAUGCAGAGCUCGUGGCUGAAUCCACGUGCAUUACUCCUCCCUUCCUACUAACAGACUAUACAGAUGACGAUUUCACGACCUUGAGAUGACGGCAGAAAUGGUGUGGGAUGAAGAGGAGCCUUUUGAGAGACUGACAUUGAAAAUGUUGCUUUUCUUUUGUUUGUUUUGCCAAGCGUUUACUUCACUGCAAUCACAUGUUCAACUCAGCCACAGACAUGUAGCCAUUGUACAAGAUUUCACCGCUGUGUUUUGCUUCUCUGUCGACAAUCUGUUAGAUUUUGGCGUCAAAAAAUAUAGUUUGGUUCUUUGAUGCAAUUAUAGAUAGGUGCAGAUUUGUGGGAAAUGCAAGAGGGACUUCUAUAACUGCUGCAGAGUAUGUACAGUCUAUGAGUGUGUGUGUACAGUACACUGGGUCACAGGUCUAUAGCACUACUAUUUUACUAGCAAGUACUCCUUAAACAGAUCUACUGUGUGUAGAGAACGUCCCCCCAUUGCUCUAAGAGCUCCUGUUGGGAGUCUCUUAUGUUUCCUGAAGCUACAUGGCUCAUUCUUGUCCCAUCAACAUGUUUAACUUCUUAGUGUUGUCCUCAGACAUCGUGCAAUUCUUAUUGUGUUCCUCGCAGACAGAUCCAUGUUGUAUUCUCGUGUGUUUUCGUCCUCUGAACUGUAUAUAAUGAAAGUUUGUAUACGUGUGGAUCAGAUGAGGUGUAGAAAUCCCAUGAUCCCACCAUCAACCAACAGAAAUUUCAUUUAUUUCUUUUUGAAUAUAUUGUAAGAUAUUAUAGUGAUAACUGUCCAAACAUUAGAAUGCAACUGCAAACAUAUCACACAGACACAAACUACACACAAAUGCAUUCAAGUGUUUGUAAUAUACACAUAUAUCAUCUUUUUGUUUACCUUUUUGUAUUUGUUUUGCAUUCAUGUCCUCUGAAUCAUGCACUAGAUGUGUCUAAUAUCUUCACGCUGUACGUCGCUUCUUCGUCAAAAGACUUCUUCUCGAUGCCUUCUUAUGUGUAUUUAAGCUGUAGCAAAGAGUCAACAUAGUCGCUGAAUUAGAGGAAAAAUCGUAUAUGUGUACGUUGUUUUAUUUUGCAGUACGGUUAUGUCACGGCAGCUUCAGCUACGGGGCCACCGGCGUAAUGUUUUAAUCGACGUGUUUACAGUGUGCUCGUACACCUAUUAGCCAGUUGAACCCAUCAUGCUUCUCGUGACGCAUCCGAGGCUAUGAGUCCAAACUUGUAUCUGCUUCUUGGGUGUUCGCCCAGUUUUUAAGGCUUCUGAUGUUGUGUAUAGGAGAUGCAAAUAUUGCUUACUGUGCAUAUGUAACAUAGUGAACCUCAGCGGGUUCAGCUUUUACUAUAUACUUAACUAAUGUGUAAUUGGAAGAAAAAAAUAGAAGCAUUUUGGCAGUAUUUGCAUAAUAUUUUCCCUUAAAUUGUGCACUUUUACUUUGUUUUUCCUUCAUUUCUUUGGACGUGAAAGUCCCAAAAUGCCAAGAUCAAGUUUAUGGCACAUUGUUACUUAUUUUAAAGUAUACUGUACAUGUGUAUACUCAUACAAAUAAGAUCAUAUAUGGGGUCAAAAAAGGGAGUAUAAUUUAACAGCUAAGAAUUUAUAUACAAACUGUAGGAAUUAUUUUUUAGCCUCUUUGUUUUAUUCCCCUGUUUUUUAUAUGAUAACAGGAACUUUUAUUACCAUGCUGGGAUACAAAGCAUUUCAUCACGUAAUGUCACUGUACGCUACUUUCUACCUAAAGAAGACAGUCAGUGGUUAGCAAGCCAGCUGGCUGAAUGUGUGCCUAUAUACUCGCUCUCCAUUUGACACCUUUCACCUGUAGGAAAACAAAUUUUGUGAUGUCAUUUGAAGCUGUGCCAAUCCAGGUACAGCCAAACAAACUGGUUAAUAUCUUCCCACAAUAUCAGUCUUGGGUAAAGACUUUAUUUUAGACAAUUCUGUCUGUAAAGUCAGCAGUUUGAUGUUGCAGAAGUAUUAAUAACAGUAUAUUAUGAUGUCUUUCAUUUGGAGAAAUCUAUUUUACAGCUGUUUUUUUUUUCUGUUUGUUUGUUUUUUUGUUUUUCUGUACCGUUCCUGUUCCUGUUUUCGACUCUUUGACUCGACUUGAUUGUCAAAUCAACUUUUGUCUCUCCUCUCUAGAUUUAAUUGUUCCAUGUGUGUCUGUUUCGAAAGGUUUUACUAUUCCACCAGCACUGAAGUCGGAAAAAUUCAACUGUAAAUUUCAAGUGUAAGGAUCGGAUAGCAAAAUUAGAUUUAUAAACAGAACAAAAAACAGUUUGCAUCUUCAAAACUAUCCUGCCUGAUUCUUGGUGAAGCAGAAUAUAUUUUCUGUAAUGACGGACCAACACAUGUACAGUCUUGUAGUUUGCUCUAUCUUUCACUCGCUACUGUGAUAGCCUACUGUAUGAAUAUUUAACAAGAAUUUAUACCGACCAUAAUCAGAAACAUAGCUGUAUUUAUGACAUGUAAAGACUUCUACUCAUGGUGUUUUGUAACGGUUACUAUGGAACAGAUUAUUUGUUGUUUGUUUAACGCUUUGUUUCCUUGUUUAGUCUGAAUCACUCUGUAACGACUGAUCUCAAAACUGUUCUAGUGACUGAGGUUGGAUGGAUGUAGAGCGUGUGUGAGAGAAACUGCUGAGAAAUACUUAAUGUGCAUUUCUGAUCUCCUCACUGUGAUCUGCUCUAUGGAUGAGAGUGUGAUGAAGUGUGUAUGUGUGUUUGAGUGUGAGUGCGUGUGUGCGUGUGUGUGUGUGUGUGUGUGUGUGUGUGGUCGAGGUGAGUGGACUGUAUAAAGCCGGUUUAACAGCUCUCGCCACCAAAAUACACAUAUUGAUACAAAUUUGCAGAUAAGCUUUUUUCCAUGACAACCAAUUGUUUUUCACAAAUCUAAAACUAUAGAAGACAUAUUAUGAAGAUCAACUUUAAAAACUCUUAUUUUGGCCUUAAAAACUUGAUGAAAUGAUUAAAAAAAAAAAUACAUAAAGGUGGACAGUCAGACUAUUUCAAAGCAGUAAACCACCUCAGGUUUAAUUUCCACUACAUCCCUGAUCAGACAGAAGGACUGAGUGUGUGUGGGUGUGUGUGUGUGUGCGCAUGUAUGUGCAUGCGUGUGUGUGUCACUGUCCCAUGCCGGCCAGGCGGCCGUGUGUGCCACCAUGCUCUGUGACUGCACAGCCGUAUCAAUAAAUCUGGACUCAAAGGGCUCAGA